AUGAAGAUGGGGGGAGGCAAUGUGGUGUGCGUAGUCGCCUCCUCUACUCCUUCAGCAGCAGCGCUAUCUGCUAAAACUGCAGCGGUGAUGAUGCCAAACUACCGCUGCAAGCAAAAGCAAUACCACAGCGUGUUGUGCUCGCUACAGUUUGUGCUCGCUCUCCUGCACCACACACCAAAUGGUGCUGCACAUACACGUACGCAGCAACACGAGCGCGACCAUGCUGAGGAGGUCGUUAGCAGCAGCUUCUGCUCCACCGCAGUUAGUGCUGCUGAUGCGGAGUCCGAUGCUUGGAGUGCUUUUCAAGUAGCUGCAGAUGGUGCUUUAGCCUCCUUCGACGCACAGGGGCCGCUCUCUGCCUCGCAACUGCUCUCCCUGCAAAAAGGCUUAACGGACGCUGAGAUACGUGAUCUCUGUGUACAAGGCAUGCGCUGCUUCAUUACCCAGCAGCACCAGCAGCUGGCCUCAACGCUCACCCCUGUGCAGCAACCUCUCUUCAGCGUCGAAAACAUCUUCAGCGCCCCUAUGCCUCUUCUUCAGGUAUUAUGGCCGACAGAACGCAUUCGCCAGCGCUACACGCGGGCUUUGAAGGUGUCACACCACAACCGCAUCAGCCACAGCGACCUCCUCACCAUGCCCGGCUACCUGCAGGAGGCUGGCCUGCAUGCGCGGCGUGUCUUGGCGGAGUGUACUGGCGCUACAAGUGGUGAAAGCCCCGUCAUGGCGCAGGACUCAGAGGAGCGGGGAGCGAACGAGUGGGCCCGCCUCAUCGACCUCUACACCACCUUCCUCCCCGACCGGUCCCACACCCACGAACUGGAGAAUCUGCCGCAGGAGAUUGCCAUCGGCGAGCUGCUCCGCGAGACCGUCGAGCGUGUGCGCAGGGCGGAGGAUCAACCCGGCAGCGACGGCUUCGCGCUGGACUGCGUCGUCGACGCUGGUGGGGGCAACGGCUUCCUUGCGGCGCAGGUGGCGGAGCGGCUGCAGUGCGACAGCGUCGUCAUCGACCCCCUCUUUCCGGCGCACUCCAUCGACUGCUGCCCGCGCCCGUGGCCUGACACAGUGCACCGCACGCGGCCCGCCACGCGCCGCCAGCGCAGGCUGCACCGCACCAUGGCGUCGUUCCGCGACGUCCGCUGGUCAGACGCUGUGCCAGCAGCGCCAGCGCGCACAGCCCUCAUCGCGAAGCAUCUGUGCGGCAGCGGCGUGGACGAGGUGCUGCGGCAGCUGGAGGCACAGGACUGUCUGCCACGCAUCUUCGUUCUGGCGCCGUGCUGCUUCACAAAUGCUCCCUGGACACCUAUAUCAAC